AUGCUACUAUCUGGUAAAUAUUUUCUUAAGAACAGAUACAUAGAUGAAGAGAGAACAAUUGAGUACAAAGCUGCUGUCAAAAUCCAGAGCUGUUAUCGAGGAUACAGAGUCAGAGUUUAUCUAAGAUAUCUGAAUGAAAUGGCAAUUCAUAUACAGAAGUGGUGGAGAGGUUAUCAGAGCAGAAAAUACUUCAGAAAAAUGGUGGAGAGAACAUACUCUAUUAUGAAGAUGAAUUUCUACAAUGAAAUGGCUGUCAGGAUUCAGAAGAGGUGGCGAGGCUAUUUUGUUCGGAAAUACAUCCAUAAUUAUUAUGCACUUAAGAGCUACGUGGAAGCCAUUUCUGAGAAUAACGAGCUUGUCAGGAAUAAACUCCAGGAGUAUGCAGAAAUGAAGGAAUAUGAAGACAGAAGGAAAGACCUAGAAAAGAAAGAAAAGGAAAAGAAAUACCAAGCACGAAAGAUGCAUUACCUCCUUAGCACUGAGCAGAUUGCAGGCAUAUACAAUUCACCCUUCAGAAAAUCCCCAGAUCCAAUGGAACUGCUGCUGCGGGAGUCAAAGCCAUUGAGCCACCGGCGACAGGAAGUGAAGAGUCCCUUUGCCUAUGACCUCUAUGACUGGCCGACUUGUAGAAGGCCUCCAACUUUCUCCAUGGCUAUUGACAAACAGAAACCUCAGGGGCCUUUCCGUGAUCCUGCUGAAGUGUUUCAGCAGCGCCACAAGCCUUUGGAACCAACCUUGCGAGUGGCAGCAUCAAUCAAUUCACUAGAGGAGGCCAGAGAGGAAAUGAAAUGGGAGGAAUGGAAAAAUCGUAUACAUGACAAUGAAUUUCUUCCUUUUUCUUCUUAUACUAAAAAGAAGUAUGACCCAUCAAUUAACAGAUCAAGCAAAUAUGGUCAAGAAGCUUAUGGAACUAAACACUUCCGAGAAGUACAGCCUAAGAAGUGGCUAGCAGACAAGGACUUUCGAACAGUGUUACCAUCGAUUGUUGUCUUUGAGAAGUUCGGAAAAACUUAUUCCAGAGCUGGGCAAAUAGUCUAA